AUGGAUCCUUGCGUAACAAUGGAGGAUUUUUUUAAAAACAAUUUGACCCUCUACACGCCUAAAUUUUGCUAUUAAGCAAUAGGAGUUCCUGAUUAUGUUACUCUACCUUAAAAUGAAACAGGAGUUUUAAUUCUGCAUGAUUUUAUCUCUCUUUUAAAUCAUUAUAGUUUGGCUUUGGAUGUUUCUUAUAGUGGGAUGAUACAAAUAUCGUCAGUAUCAAAAACAAAAUAUUUUAGUCAAUUUCCUAUCUGUCUUUUACUACCCUGGUUUGAUAUUACUUCAUUGCCAUGGUAUUAAAAUCAUUUGUAAAUAACAUAAGAAAAUUAAUAAGAGGGCUUUAUUUUCUCGCCUUUAAACGAUUUUUUCAUAACCAAGAUUAAGGAAAUGUCAAUUACAAGUUCGCUUUAUCAUGAUGGUCAAAUGAUAGGAAUUAUUAGGGAAGGCUUAAUAAUUAGUGAAUAUUUGAUACCUUAUGUGCCAUAUAAUGUUUUAUUAUUAGAUUAAGAAGGUUUAGUCGUAUAUUUUAACAUUGAAUAACUCAGAAAUAAGACAGAUUAUUUUUACAUAUAUGAUUAAAAUGUUACUGGUUUUAAUACUACUGAUUGGGAAGAAAUGAUUCAGUUUUCAAAUUAAAGGGAAAAAGUAAUAUUGGUUUUAGAGAAUAAAUUAUAAUAAGAAAAAGUCAAUGUUUAUUCUCUUGAGGUGUUAAAGAAUAAUUUCACGCUUAUUGUUUACACUAAUAUCACUACAAAAGUAGAUUAGUAGAACAAAUCUACAGCAAUAAGAGAAACAUCAUUCUUUAAUUUUACAAUCUCAUUUUUCGCAUAAAUAUUUUUAGGAUUUAUAGCUAUAAUACUUUAAAUCUUUGUAUUAUUAAUAGUAUUUAAGCCUUUAAGAUAAUUUAAUUCAAUUAUUAAAAAAUAUAAAUUAUAUUAGGGUAAUAAUGUUAAUAGUGAAAUAUUUAAGAUGAUUCAUAACCAUACAAAUAAGUCAGAUGCCUUAACCACUCUAUAAAAUAAAAUCCUCAAUUUCUCUUAAAUCCUAUCAGAAAGAUAAGGAAAGAAGUGUGAAAUGUGCAAAAUUUGGGAAGCCUUUGCUUAUAAUGAAAAUGAUGCUCAAUUAAAUCUUGAUCAGGUUAAGAAACAAAUUUAAUAGUUAUAAAAUGGAAUGCAAGAAUUCGAACCGAAAAUGAAUUAAAUGACUAUAAAUAAUAUAUUUAUGAAUUAAAAAAAAUAAAGAGAAGCUCUAAGAAAAUAAAGAAAUGAGAAUGAAUUUAGAAUAAGUCGUUUCUUACCAAAUUUUUGUUAAAAAGGAAAAAUUUCAUCAAUUUUAUUGAGUUUUCACACUUCAAUAGAAUAAUCAAGUAAAAUGAUAUUGAACAAUGAUGAAUUAAUGAUGAAAGUUUAUAAGAAUUAAUAAAACAAACAUGCUUUAUUACUUUUGUCGAAUAUUUCAGCUUCAGAAUCAUCAAAUAGUGUAGAUAGAUUGAUAAAAGAAUAAUACUUGCAUUUGAAAUUUCUUGAAAUUAUCUAAUCAAAGUAGAGUAAUAUCUAUUAACUACAAUAUGCUUGUGAAGGUUUAACAAAUCUGUUGAAUUCCAAAAUUAAUAUAUAAUCAGAAUUGAUAGAUUUGCUUAAUUAGGACCUAAUUACUUCGAUUAUAAAGUUAAGAGAAUAAAUAGAUGAAAAUUAAUUAAUAGAUAAAGAUAGUAUGCUUUAUUUAUGCCUUAGUAUUUUGAUUAAAAUUUAAACUUAUCAACUCUAAAAUUAUGUAUCAAAACCAUAACUCAUAGACUUAUUUAUUAUGAAUAUAAAUUGGUUCGAAAGAAAUAUUUAAGUAUCUUGUGAAAAUAUUAUAUUGAUAUGUUCAGACAUAGAAGGGUUGGUUGAUUUGAUAGAUGAUUAAAAAUUAAAUUCAAUAGUCGAUUGUGCAAUAUAUUCAUUAUAAAAUAGAUAAUAUGAUACUACAUAUUGGAUUUUAACAGCAUUAAAUACACUUGUUGCUUUUUCAUACUGUGAUUAAAAGAUUUUAGGAAUAGCGAAAAAUUCAAAAGUUACAUCAUUGCUAAAAAUGAUUUUUGAAAGAAUUUAAGAAUAAUAAAUAUUUUUACUUGAAGUUAGUUUAGAAUUUAUUUAUAAAUCUCUGCAGUUCUCAGGAGUAGAGAUUAGAUUCUGUUUCUUAAAAUACUUGAAAGAGAUUUAAGACUUAAUUGAAUUUAAGGUUCAAAAUUCUUUGCUGGUUUUGUGUAGUUUUAUACUUGUCAUUCUAUGUGAGUAACUAGAUUAAGAAGAAUCAGGUCAUAUUAUAUCAUUACAAUUUGAAAUUCUGUUACAUUUAAAUGAACAGCAUUUAACUGAUGAAAUUAUAGAGAUUUUAACAAAUAUUUGGAAUUUACUUGAUUAAAAUAUUUAUAAAUUAAGUAGGAAACAAAAGGUUUUAUUAGAAAUGUUAUCAGAGUCAAAAAAUGAAAUGAUUUCCCAAUUAGCAAUUAAUAUGACAGGCAUUUAAAAUUCAAUAUCAUGA